AAGUUUUUCUGCUCGUUUCGGAGCAAGUUUGUUCCAAUGACAGAGUGAGAGCAGGAGUAAGGUGUUCCAAUGAGAGAGUCGGAGUGGAUUCAGAGCGGUAGUCACUGCGUGGAGCAGAAAAAGCUGCUCCGCCAAAAUCGGCGGAGUGGACCGGAACUCUGCGUGACGUAUUUCCUUUACCGCGUUUGUCUGCUGGGAGGCGCCACCGGUCACGACUCGCGAGUUGUGUUGGUAAUGGCGGACGACAUGAGCGGCUCGGCUGGUUCGGCAAAGCGUGCGGCAAUGCUUUUGCUACUCGAGAGCGACAGCUCCGAGUCGGAAAGCUCAAGUUCCGACACGAGCGAUUGCUCGGAUAGUGACAGCGACGCGGAAACUGCCGCUUACGAGCGGGAAUUCGACAGGAUGUUCCGAAUUCCCGCAAAGAGGCCUAAAGUAGUCGGCUACAUCGAGGACGUCGUGCGGCAGUACUCGGACGAUGAGUUCCGAAGGCACUUCAGGCUAUCUCGACCUGUGGCGGAAAAGUUGAUCGCUGACUUUGCCGCGUCGUCAAUGUGCCCUUCGGGUACACAUGGAGGGGUUCCAGCGAAAUCUGCGGAAACGCAUAUCUUGUCUUUUAUCUGGUACGCAGCCAACAAAACCUGCAUGAGGAACGUGGCCAGCCGGUUCGACUUGUCGGAAAGCUCCGUUUACCGAAUUCUUCAUAGAGUAGCCGACUUCCUCCUGACUCUGGGACAGUCCUUGAUAAAAUUUCCGGCUGACCUGGAGAACCUCACCAAAAGUUUUGAGAAGGUGUCUGGAAUGCCUGAUGUUGUUGGCUGCAUCGAUGGGUCAUACAUCAAAAUACAGUGCCCAGAGAAGAAGGUUGCUUCGACAUAUUGCAACAGGCACCAUUACCUUUCGCUCACACUACAGGCCGUCUGCGAUGACAAAAGGCGCUUCUUGGACACGUUCAUUGGAAGUUCAAGCAAAAUGCACGAUUCGCAUGUGUUCAGCUUGUCGCCACUUUCAAAGAAAAUCUCUGCAGUCUGUCAGGGGUCUUACCAUCUUUUAGGGGAUGCAGCGUAUCCACUGCGGGAACACCUGUUGACACCGUACAGGGAUUACGGUGCUUUAACAAAGCAGCAAAAGCACUUUAAUUAUAAGUUUUCAGCUACAAGAGUUCUCAUUGAAAAUGCAUUUAGCACCCUAAAAAAGCGCUUCAGACAGCUAAUGUAUCUUGAGCUCCGCACAAUUCCCUGGCUCAAUAAGUUUAUCAUAAGCUGCUGCGUUCUGCACAACUUGUGCAUUGAGUUGGGUGAUGUAGAGCCAGAUGAUGAUGAUAAUGAACAAGUACCCAGUGACGUUCAGUGGCAGAAUUGCAGUGAUAAUCAUAUUGAGAAAUCCGGUGAAGAGCGAGCACUGCGCAGGCUUGGAGAAAUUAAGCGCACGAAAGUCUUGGCAAAGCUCCUGCAAACUUCUUAAUCGCUUCCGCCCACCUAACUUUCUGUCGCCCCCUACUACGUUUCCCUUGGAAUCCAGUCCGUAACCCUUAAUGCCCAUCGGUUAUCUUCCCUCUUCAUUACA